AUGGGUUGUUUUCCAACAAGAUCUCCACCCUUUUUAUCUAAAUUUGAGUCUCCAGCCAAACUGGAGACGCUUUGUGUUACGCAAGAACGAUCAAUUGAGACAUCAGCCUUCAUUCCAAACCGGAAACUUCUUCUUGCUUACUAUGCAAAUGAGACUUCGAUGAAUGGGAGGCUAAAAGUCCUUUUUGAGGCUGUUUUUGCUAAAGAAGAGUUGGAAGUCACUUCGGUCGACCUCAGCUUUCAGAGUCUAGGUAUCAGAGAUAUUUAUCAUUUGCAGCUUGUCUUGCAAAAUUUUCUGAAUUUGCGUGAAAUUAAACUAAAUAACACCCAAAUUGCAUCAAGAGAUGUCAAACGGCUUUACUCAUCUUUAGAAUCAAUGCCGAUGAUGCAGGUUUUGGAACUCCAAGGCAAUUCAAUUUGUACUGAGGGGAUUAAGUAUAUGAAUAAACUUUUUACAGUGAUGAAAUCUUUAAAAGUUCUUAAUUUGAGCAACAACCAUUUUGGAGAUGACGCAGUUGUUGCGCUAUGCAAAGGAUUAUCAUAUUUAAGGUGCCUAGAAGACUUAAGACUAAGUGGAAAUAAUAUAUCCAUAAAAGGUCUAACCGUUUUAUCCCAAACAAUAUGCAAUAUUAAGACUCUUAAAAGACUCAGCUUAGCUGAGAACUCGCUUGAUUUUAAAAGUAUAAAAGUCCUUCUGAGAUCAGUAAAGUCAAAUAUAAAUUUGACUGAGCUUGACCUCUCGAGAAAUGGGCUUUCGAAGCAAGUUAAAUACCUACUUGCUGGGGAUCAAGGAAUUGUAAAAUUUUAA